AUGCUCGUCAUUCCACCAGAACUUGUAGAGCUCAUCGUUGGCUUCAUCUCGAGCCGCUCGACCCUCAGGGCAUGCGCCCUUGUAGGGCCCGACUUUCUUUACCCCUGUCAGCAACGCCUCUUUACCGAGGUCGUGCUCGCACCUCCUAAACGCCGGGGAACUCGACCAACAAAGGCAACCCCAGCGCAACGCUUCCUCGACGCCCUCAACUCAUCACCGCACCUCGCCUCCUUCGUGCGCUCGCUCAUCAUCGAAUGCGAAGACUCAAUAGAAGAGCAACCAUGGUUGUAUAACGACACGGCGCUUCAACAUAUUCUUCCCCGCCUGGACCGCUUAGCAAAGAUCUCGGUCAAUGGCAAGGUGAAGCCCGGGGACGAGGCCGCGCCUACCAAGGCCAACCUAUCGUGGUCGUCGCUGUCGUUGACGCUGCGGUCUGCGCUGACCUCGGUCAUGCGCUCUGGGUCUGUUAUAGAUCUAGAGCUCGGUGGCUUCAGCCGGAUACCCGUGUCCUCCGUCAUCCAUUCGUGUUCGCAGCUCAAGAAGCUGUCGUUGCUGCCUUUGUACCUCGUCGAUGAGGGCGAUGGUGGGGAGCAGGACUCGGAUGCCGCACCAUCGCCGCCGGAGCUCCUCGAUGUUGAGGAUAUCACUAUCAAGCAGAGUUCGGUCGCUCUGCGUCGUACGACGGAUUGGCUGCUUCGACCUAAUUAUGGGCCCGACAUUCGUCAAGUGCAGCGGUUGCAUUUUACGGUUAUGAAUACCGAGGACCACAGCUAUAUUGCGCAAAUCGUUGAAGCCUCUGCGCCCUCCCUCAAAGAGCUCGAGCUCUCCCCUGGUACCGACAUCGCUUUUGUCCGGCACCUCCUCCGCUCCUCGUCACCAGUCGGACCACGCACCUCGCCCAUCACCCUCUCCAAUCUCAACCACCUCCGCUCUCUCAAAAUCAACACCGAAAUCAAAAUGUACAAGCUCAACAACAACCGGUACUCUGACCCUUUACCAUGGAUCGUCUCACUCCUCUCCACCAUCCCGCACGACAACGAGUUUGCGACGCUCGAGAUCUGCUUGGGUCUGCACGUCAACAAGCAGAUCCUCGAGAGCAUUUCGUGGAUCAAGUUGGUUAAUGCGGUGACGUCGGAGGAGAGGUUCCCGAGGUUUGAGAGGUUGGUGCUUACCCUGUCGAGGUUGGCCACCAAGGAGAAGGUCGAGGUGGACUCGCAGGAGCAGAAGGAGCAGCAGGUGUUGCAGCCUUGGGUCAAGGAGGUUCUGGAGGGCAAUAGCCAGUUGGGCUUCCUCCGUAAGAAGGGUUUGUUGACUCUUCAGCUUUGA